CCGCCAUCUCGCCGGGACCCGGGGAGGGACAGGGGCCCGGGCCCGCUGGGGAGGGAGCGCGCCGGGGCAAGAGUCCCCAGCUACCCCGACACGGUAUCCCGGGGGAAAGGUGCCGGGUUAUUCCAGCAGUUUCCUGGGUAUACCAAGAGCCUGAUUCUACCGCACAGGAGAAAACUUCCUCAUGAAAACAAAAAGCACUUCAAGCGCAGCGAGCUAGUUAAGAAGGAGGAAGAGGCGUACUUGCAGAGAUGUGGCUACAAGGUACAGCAGACAGAAGAGGAAGAGAAACCAUUGACUUCAUCCAACCCAGUAUUGGAGCUAGAGCUGGCGGAAGAAAAGUUACCCAUGACUCUUUCCAGACAAGAGGUGAUUAGAAGAUUGAGAGAGAGAGGUGAACCUAUCAGAUUGUUUGGAGAAACAGAUUAUGAUGCGUUCCAGCGUUUGAGGAAGAUAGAAAUUCUUGCGCCUGAAGUUAACAAGGGAUUGAGAAAUGACCUGAAGGCGGCUUUGGAUAAGAUUGAUCAACAGUACCUGAAUGAGAUUGUAGGUGGUCAAGAAGCAGGAGAAGAUGACUCACAGAAUGAUCUGAAAGUCCACGAAGAAAACACUACUAUUGAAGAAUUGGAGGGAACACCAGGAUCUCUGCUGGUGAGACAAGUGGCGAGACCCGGACAGACGACCCUGUCCAGGGCCAGCACUGGGGACCCAGCUGGAGGGGCAGACGAGGUGGCUGACCUGUUGGCCAUUUGGGGCCAAGAGGACACACUUGGACAAUUCAAAGCUUUGGGAGAGUCCUUAGGAAAAGGGGAUGACCAUAAAGACAUGGACAUCAUAACCAAAUUCUUAAAGUUUCUUCUCGGAGUUUGGGCCAAGGAGCUGAAUGCCAGGGAGGAUUAUGUCAAACGUGGUGUGCAGGGGAAACUGAGCAGUGCCACUCAAAAGCAGACAGAAUCUUACCUCCGACCCCUCUUCAGAAAACUACGGAAAAGGACUCUUCCUGCAGACAUCAAAGAAUCAAUAACAGAUAUUAUUAAAUUCAUGUUGCAACGGGAGUAUGUGAAGGCGAAUGACGCCUACCUUCAGAUGGCCAUUGGGAACGCACCUUGGCCCAUUGGAGUCACCAUGGUUGGCAUCCAUGCCCGAACUGGCCGUGAAAAGAUUUUCUCAAAGCAUGUGGCCCAUGUCCUGAAUGAUGAGACUCAGAGGAAAUACAUUCAGGGGUUGAAGAGGCUCAUGACCAUUUGCCAGAAACACUUCCCAACAGACCCAUCGAAAUGCGUGGAGUACAACGCGUUGUGAGGCCCUUUCGCAUCCAAGGUGCAAAUCACUUUCUGCUCCUCAAGACCCAGAGAGUGAUGAAGAGAACAGCACAUUUUUGCUUGAAUGCAGAAACUCAGGGUGGGCCUUGGGCAAAAGCAUAAAGUAGGGGCUUUGUCUUCUGCUUGAUUUUUUUUCACCAGCCACAUCUACUUACAUUUCUUAAGGACUGUGUAUUUUAUACUCGGCGGAUCCAGGACACAAAAGGCUUUUUUGGGUGGUUGUGUGAGGAGGGGGGAGCACGAGCUGGCUUUCCUUGUUUUUAUUUUAACCAGUUAUUCAGGAAAGCAUACCAGGCUGAACUUAAUUUCUCUCUUCCCAUAAUUCAGAUGCUUAGAUGACAGACGGCAAUGGGGUGGUUUUUUUUGGACUCUUUCCCAUUGGAGACUGGUGUGGGCAGAUGAUUGGAAGGAAACAGUUGAAGCUGAAUCCUAGUUAUUUCUGUAAAUACGAAUAUUUUAAUGUGUAAUCUUCAUGUGGUAUUUAUCAUUAAAAGUUUAUUUUUCUCAGCAGAAAAAUACA